AAGUUUGCUACUGUGUCACGUCUUCAAUGAACAUCCCGUGCCAUGACAAGAUUGGGCCCCCAAUUUUCACCCAAAUAAACCAUUUAAAAUUUUUUUUUCCGCCCUCAAAUAAUGACAAAAUAAAUCAGAAAAACAAUUUAAGAGAGAGUCCUGACCCUGAGGUUAGGUUCUCUCAUUCAUUUCUAUGCCAGAAUUUAACUUCUCCUGACUUCUGACAAAGGAUUUUCCUCACCAAGCAGAAAACUUGUUUGAAUUUAAGCUUGAAAGCUAGGAUUUUUGCGUGUAAAACGACUUGCAUUGGGACAUUCAGCUUGGUUUUUAGAUAAGAAACAACAUUGGGUUGCUUUAUUUCGAGAAUUAAUAGCUACGGAUGGUGUUGAGGAAUUAUCUGCUCGGUACUUGAAUUCAUUAUUUGAGCUUGAAAGCUAGGGUCUUUGGGCUCGGUUUUAAUUAAAAAAACAACAUUGGGUUGCUUAAGGUUUUGAGGAUUAAUAGCUAUGGAUGGUGUUGGAGAAUCAUCUGAAUCUGGGUCUGGAGAAUCAAGUUCCCACUUAAUAAAAAAUGAGGCUUUUCGUGAUGAAGAGAGUUGUCCUAAACAAGUGUCACCUAUUAGGGGCGGUGGGUCGAGGAAUACAAGCCCGUUGGGUCGUGUAGGAUCGAGGAACACUAGUCCGUCUAGGCAGAAGGUGAUAAAGACUAAACCACGGGGCUUAGAUGAGGAAACAGUUGCUACAUUUGGUAAGGCGGUUCAUCCUGAUGUUCAAAUGGAGGAUAACAUAUGGGCAAUGUUGCCUGAGGACUUACUGAAUGAAAUUUUGGCUAGGGUUCCUCCAUUUAUGAUAUUUCGGCUUCGUUCAGUUUGUAAACGAUGGAACUCAAUACUUCAAGAUAAUAGUUUUCUUAAGUUUCACUCACAAGUGCCUUCUCAUGGGCCUUGUCUACUUACAUUUUGGAAGAACUCACAGACUCCACAAUGCUCCAUUUUUAGCUUGCCAUUAAAAACUUGGUAUAGAGUUCCCUUUAAUUUUUUGCCUCAGUGGGCCUUCUGGUUGGUUGGCUCUUCUGGUGGUCUAGUUUGCUUUUCUGGACUAGAUGGUCUAACUUUCAAAACUUUAGUAUGUAAUCCUCUUACACAAACUUGGAGAACACUGCCAAGCAUGAAUUAUAACCAGCAAAGACAAUUGAUUAUGGUUGUGGAUCGAACAGAUAAAUCUUUUAAGGUUAUAGCCACAAGUGAUAUUUAUGGUGAUAAGUCACUGCCCACUGAAGUCUAUGAUUCAAAGAUUGAUACGUGGACAGUCCACCAGAUAAUGCCUGCUGUUAAUCUUUGCUCCUCAAAGAUGGCGUAUUGUGACUCCAGGUUGUAUUUGGAAACCCUUUCACCACUUGGUUUGAUGAUGUAUCGACUGGAUUCAGGAUAUUGGGAGCAUAUUCCAGCAAAGUUCCCAAGAUCUUUGUUAGAUGGUUAUUUGGUUACCGGGACACAGAAGCGCCUGUUUCUGGUUGGAAGAAUUGGUCUUUAUAGCACUCUACAGAGUAUGAGAAUUUGGGAAUUGGAUCAUGCUAAGAUUAUGUGGGUGGAGAUAAGUAGAAUGCCACCUAAGUAUUUUCGAGCUUUGUUGAGGCUAUCAGCUGAGAGAUUUGAGUGCUUUGGACAGGAUAAUCUUAUAUGCUUCACAUCCUGGAACCAAGGGAAGGGCCUCCUUUAUGAUGUGGAUAAAAAGGUUUGGUCUUGGAUUGCUGGCUGUGCUCUUCAGUCAUACAAUAGUCAGGUUUGCUUUUAUGAGCCAAGAUUUGAUGCUUCUGUCCACUGAGGUGGAAAAUUUGCUUAAGGAGAUUUGUGUUCAUGAGCUGUUGAGAGGUUAACAUGCAGCAAAAAACUCCUCUUUCUUUUGUAAGAAAUGAAUGAUAUCAACUUUUGUACUAUCCUUUUUCCCCCGUCCUGCACAUAUACUGGAAUUACUUCUCACUUGUUGGUGGAUUGUGAAUCAAGUGGAAUCCAGUGGUCCUUGCUACUGCAUCAGCAUCUUAAGCAUAUCCCUUUGAAGCUGUUUCUAUCACCAAGGUUUUUGGCGCAAUUGGUGAUAUCAUUCCAUAUGAGACUCAAUGAUCCACAUUGACACUGGGCAGACUUGUAUUUUGAUGACUAGAUGAGGGCUGGGCUUCUUGAAGGUGUAUAUCAUGGGAAUGAUUUUUGGAGAAGAAUUGGAAGAAAUUUUUAUUUUUAUGGUAGCCUUUGCAUACUUACUUAACGUUUGGUACAUUGGCAGUUCCAUUUCAAAAUGUUAUUUUACUUUCCUUGCCUGUUGAUUUAUAUCCUGAUGUCUGACUAAUGUGAUUUUGCUGUCUUCAUCACAGCUUGUACACAUUGUACUUUCGAUGUUGUUAACUCUUUCAGUUCUCUAGAAGGAUUUCUCCCCUUUUAUUGAUUUGGGAACUCUUCUCGACCCUCUUUACUUUUUUUUUCCUUAAAUAAAUCUAAUAAGGCUGUUUAAAUUCUUUUUAGACGUCAUUUGCUAGAAAUUUACCACAAUUCCAAUAAUAACAAAAUGGUGCCUUUUCAUGAUCUUCGAAAAUGAUUUGGAGCAUCCUUGGAUUAUGCUGGAAGUUAUACUAUUAUUGUUUCUCAUAAAAAAAAAAUGGACCACUUGAGUUUGGUUAUGAUCUGUGAUGAGUUAAUCCAAUCUGGUGGUUUCUCUGACACCAUAUAAUGUGUUGUAUUUUGCUGCACCAAAUGAAUCAACAUCAUGCUUUAUCCUUUUGCAUUAGCUUUCAUAUCGAGAAAGCUUCGCGAAAACCUUCUAGGAUAUUCAACCUAGAAAUUUUCUAGGAGUUUCACUUUCACUAAAUGGAAAUAUGAAGGUCAUUUCCCCUGAAAUAUAUCUUAGAACUUGUUCUGUAUGUAUUCUAGAGCAGAGUGUCUUUGUUAAGUUCUAUAGUCACAAUGCGAAAGAUUAAAUCUGACUAAAUCUUUUAGUUUUUUGGAGUCACAUGUAACUGGUACUGCUUCCGUUCUUUAUAAUCAUUAGUCUGGCCUGUUAGCUUUUGUUGUAUAAUGAAGGUUAGUUGCAUGGUGCUUCUUGCUUUGGAUGAUCACCUUUUCUCGUACUUAAGUGAUCCACUUUGUUCUUAUUGACUUAAAGUGAGAAUAUGCUUUAUUGAGUCAACAGGAGUAAUUAAAUCAUUUUACAUAUACAAGAUUUGGGUUUGGUGAGGAUGAAGUAGUAAUAGAAUUUUGCUAGUAAUAAAAUUUUUCCACAGAGCAGCCUUUACAGUUUGGUAGCUUCACAAACGAGCUAAACAAUUGAAACUGUAGUAACGAUGACAGUCCAUGUAAUUUUUCUGUAGUUUGCAGUUUGACAAUGUGGAAAUCUGAUCUUCAUUAUUGUUUGAUUAGUUGAUUUUAUCUAUUUUAGUUAGGUAUCUUAUUUUUAGAAUAAGAAGUGAUUUGGGUUAUUAUACCAAAUUCAUUAGAUAUUUUCUUAUCAUGUGCAGAGAAUAAAUUACUCUUUUGAUUA